GGGGAGGGAGAAGAAAGGGGAGAGGAGGAAUACGGGGAAAGGCAGAUACAAGAGGAACGGGGGGAGGACGGUGGAUGAUUUACGCUUUAAAAGUUGCAUUACAACAAAUUUAAGAGUUGCGGCGAAGAGGAAUACAACAAGAUGAUAACGCCGUACUUCCUAGAGAAUUUCUGGGGUGAAAAAAAUAAUGGCUUUGAUGUGCUCUACCAUAACAUGAAGCAUGGCCAAAUUUCCUCCAAGGAGCUGACAGACUUCAUCAGAGAAAGGAGCACCAUUGAAGAGGCCUAUGCCAGGUCCAUGACCAAACUUGCCAAGACAGCCAGCAACUUUUCUCAGCUCGGGACUUUUGCGCCAGUGUGGGAUGUGUUCAAGAGCUCGACAGAGAAGCUGGCCAGCUGUCACAUGGAGCUUGUGAGGAAACUGCAAGAACUCAUAAAAGAGGUUCAAAAGUAUGUGGAAGAGCAGGCCAAAGCCCACAAAAAGACAAAAGAGGAGGUGGCGUCCACCCUGGAGGCUGUGCAGAGCAUCCAGUCAACCUCUCAGGCUCUGCAGAAGUCCAAGGAGAACUACAAUGCCAAAACUGUGGAGCAGGAGCGCCUCCGCAAAGAGGGGGCCACCCAGAGAGAUGUGGACAAGGCUGGAGUGAAAGCCAAAAAAGCCACAGAGACCUACAAAUCAUAUGUGGAGAAAUAUGCCACAGCUAAGGCAGAGUUUGAACAGAAGAUGGCAGAAACUGCACAGAAAUUCCAAGACAUUGAAGAAAACCAUAUUCUCCACAUGAAGGUGAUCAUUCAGUCAUACUCGCAGUCUGUUGACGAAACACACGUCCAAAUAGGAGAGGUGCACAAAGAAUUUGUGAGGAACAUCGAGAACACCUCAGUGGAGAGCUUAAUACAGAAACUGGCUGAGAGCAAAGGAACGGGCAAGGAGAGACCAGGACCCAUUGAGUUUGAGGAGUGCAAUGCAGCUAUUGCUACUGAAGGUGCCAAACCUAGAAAGAGAAAAGCAUUUGGCAUCCCAGGCCGUAGGAAAGACAAGGACACGGACUCCACGGAGUCUACAGAAGUUGAAGCUGCUAACACUGCCAACGGUGCUCCCCCUGGAUACUACGGAGCCAUAGACAUCCAGAAUGCUAACGUUCCCCGAGUCGAUGCAGAGGGCUUCUGUAUCAGACCAGAAGUGAAUGAAAAUGAUGCCAAAGAGAAUUCUUUCUAUUCGUCCAGUGACUCGGAGGACGAAGAUGAACCCAGGAAGUUCCACGUAGAAAUCAAGCCCGUUCAGCCAAACAACGGCACGCACCAGAACCGAGCCACCAUCGACGAGCUCAAAGCCUCCAUUGGAAACAUCAUCCUGUCUCCCUCGACCUCAGGACAAAUGCGGAGGAACCAGUCCAGGAUCACAGGAGUACCUACAUUAAGCUCUAAGGCUAAGAGUGCUGGUGACGAGCUGGCAAAAACCAAAGUGCCAACACCCUACGAACUGGCCAACAGUGACCUUCUGUCUCUGGAUCCCUUCAGCCCAACUGUCACAACAGGCUCCUCUUACUCUGUGCCCUCAUCGACAGUGCCAGUACCAAAUCGACCAACAACCCCUUUGGCAGCUGGAGCCUUGGUGCCUCCACCACGACCCUCCUCCAGGCCCAAACUCCCCACUGGAAAACUCACAGGAAUCAAUGAGAUUGUACGACCGUUCAGCCCACCCAAGCCAUCUAACGCCAGCCCUCCUCCUACUGCACCACUCGCCCGGGCAGAGAGCUCCUCCUCUUUGUCCUCGAAUGCCUCGCUCAGCGCCGGCAACACCCCAACUGUUGGAGCCGAGCACACCUUUGCUCCCUCCCUCUCCUCCCCAGAGCCAGAGCUUCUCUCCCUCUCUCCUUUCUUUCUACUAAGCCAAAAGGAUGAUGUUUUCAUAGCGAAGCUGCCUACCUUUGAGAAGCGUUGUGAAACACCAGCAGGGACGUCUCGCGGUCCCAGCCCUGUGACCCUGGCAUCCCAAGAUGCCUUGCCCAUUGCUGUGGCCUUCACGGAGUCGGUUAAUGCUUACUUCAAAGGAGCUGAUCCCGCUAAGUGCAUUGUGAAAAUCACAGGAGAGAUGACCUUGUCGUUCCCCAUGGGCAUCAUCAAGGUGUUCACCAGCAACCCCUCCCCGUCCGUCCUCACCUUCAAACUGAAGAACACCAGCAGGCUGGAGCAGAUCCUACCCAAUCAGCAGCUUCUGUUCAGUGAUCCUUCCCAAAGUGACUCUAAUUCAAAGGACUUCUGGUUCAACAUGCAAGUGCUGACGUCCUACCUCAGAAAAGCCUCAGAUCAGAAUCCUUCAGCUUCCUACUAUAACGUGGACAUCCUAAAAUACCAGGUGCUGUCUGAUGGGAUCCAUUCCACUCCUCUCAACUUGACUGUAUACUGGAAGUGCACACCAAGUACGUCAGACCUGCGGGUAGAUUAUCGAUACAACCCGGACUCCAUGGCCACCCCUGGUCCGCUCACCAACGUGCAGAUCUUAGUGCCUGUUGACGGAGGAGUCACCAGCAUGCAGUCUCUGCCCACCUCCAUCUGGAAUUCAGAGCAGAAUAAAUGUCUGUGGAAGCUGAGUGACAUCUCAGAAAAGUCUGAAAAUGAAGGUGCUGGGUCCCUGAGGGCCAAGUUUGAGCUGUCAAACGGCCCAUCGAACCCCUCCACUCUGGCAGUGCAGUUUAUGCACGAGGGGAGCACCCUGUCAGGAGUGGACAUGGAGCUGCAGGGGACUGGAUACAGGCUUUCUCUCAACAAGAAGAGAUUUGCCACAGGACGUUAUAUGGCAGAUUGCUGAGGUGACCCACCACUCUGGUUCUCAAGAAAGAAAAAUCUCGCUUGACACAAAAAGUUGGCAACUUUGCAAGGCUUUUCUGAACCUCGGGGUCCAUCUGAGCACAGUCAGACUUUCGCCUGGGAAGCGAGAAUCUCACUACACUAAAACAGCACUGAGUAUUGAACACUGUUUAAAAAAAAAACAAUAAAAGAAAAAGAUUACGAGAUUUCAGGAUAUGUGUAGAUAUGAAGUUUAAUAAUGCCUUCUGAUCAAUUCACUUUUGUAUAGUCAGAAACAAUGUAUGGAUUAGAUAUAAAUCUAUAUUGUAUUUAAAGUCAUAAAAAAAGAAAAAAAGUGCACUAACAAUCUUUCAGAUGCUCUUUUUCCUCUUAUAUUCAUUUUUCAAGAGCCUCUAUGGAAUAUAAAACAAAAUCAUUUUUUGCGUGGAAGAGAAUUUCUCUCCCUGCGAACUGUAAAUAUUAACAGUGAAUAUUCUGCUCGAUCAGCUCUGACUCAACUCUUAAAUCGUGUUUAUUUACUGGCUUUUCCCUUUUUCCUUCUCCUCAGCGUUUGUCGUUUUUGAUCAUGUGCAAUGAAGCAGUGAAGGUAGAAUCUUUCUUAAACAGUACUCACACACUCGUGGCACAAGCUUGACCUUUAGAAGAACACUGAAGUGCUUUCAGACUAAUGCAAAAAAAUAAAAAAAAUAAA